AUGUCUUCGAGAGUGUUGCUCCGGCAGCAGCUGAUGCGAGAGCAGGCGCAGGAGCAGGAGAGGAGGGAGGCGCAGCAGCAGGCAUCAGUCGCUCAGCUCCGCCCUGCAGACACCACUCCUGCCAUCUCCGUCUCGCUGCCACCCAUGGCUGCCCGGCCUCCUCCAGCACAAGUCCCGGUGGAGGUUCUGAAGGUGCAAACCCAUCUGGAAAACCCAACUAAAUACCACAUCCAGCAGGCGCAGAGGCAGCAAGUGAAGGAGUACUUGUCCACCACACUCGGCAAUAAAGUUGCCACGCAAACUCUCGGUGUGUCUCCUGUCCCACAUUCAGCCUCGGCUCCAGAAAUGGGCCCAUCAGCAAGCAGCGCUCCCAACAGCCCCAUGGCACAUCUUAAUCUAGGCUCCAACAAAGAGGAGAUGGAUGAUGUCAUUGACGACAUCAUCAGCCUUGAGUCCAGCUUCAACGAUGACAUCUUGUCUCUGAUCGAUUCUGGCCUGCAGCUCCCGAACACGCUUCCAGGAAAUCUUCUGGAUGUCUACAACAGUCCUGGUAUGACGACUCCAACCAUCACCGUCAGCAACUCCUGUCCAGCAGAUCUGCCCAACAUCAAAAGGGAAUAUACUGGUAAUGUUAUUGUGAUCGAAACAGAGGCCAGAGCUUUCAUGAAGGAGAGACAGAAGAAAGAUAAUCACAAUCUCAUUGAACGGCGGAGAAGAUUCAACAUAAAUGACAGAAUAAAGGAGUUAGGGGCUCUAAUACCCAAAUCCACUGAUCCGGAAAUGCGCUGGAACAAGGGAACCAUUUUGAAGGCUUCAGUUGAUUACAUAAGAAAACUCCAGAAAGAGCAGCAGAGGGCCAAAGAGAUCGAGAUGAGACAGAAGAAACUGGAGCAAUCUAACCAGGCCCUGAUUCUCCGCAUACAGGAACUAGAAAUACAAGCACGCCACCAUGGCCUUAAUGCCACCGUGUCUCCAGGCCUGAACACAGAGGCAUCCUUCAUCCAAAACCAGCUACUGCAGCCAAAUGCGUCUAUGCAGGCCGGCGUCGGAGAUGGUCAGCCUCAGAGCCACCUCAACAUGGAUGGAGCAAUGGCACAGACUUCACCAUCUCCUUUCCUCUCAGUACCUCCAUCCGGCUCUCCGGCUGCUGUGGCUGUGAGCGGCCCGCUACAUCUGGAGACUUUUAGCUUCACAGAGCUGGACGAACAUGCCUCUGAUUUGUACCCUGACGUUGGUCUUAGUGACAUUCUGAUGGAUGACGUCAGGGGUUCGGAUGUGCUCUUCUCGCCGAUGUCGCCCGGAGCCUCCAAAACCAGCAGCCAAGGGAGCAGCAUAAAUAUGGAGGACGACUUGUGA